AUGGGAGUGAGUGGUAUAACCAUGGAUCUCCGGGAAGAAAGCUCCAGAUUUGGUUCACUACCAAGCACUACUUUAAGGAACCUGUCGUCUUCAUCUUCAGCAUUCUUUUCUGCGAAUCAGUCACCCUUCUUCUCUCCAAGAUCACCAACGUGUCAAUUAUCUACAUGUUCCGACAAUCUAUGUAAUGGUGCUAAAACUAAUGUUGAUCUGCUGAAAUCCGGUUUGGGGAUUCCAGACCCCAAAUCUCUAUCAAAUGUCAGAUUCAGCUUGUCGGAUAUUUAUCCAGCUGCGGCAGCCUGUACUUCAAGUGACUUUCAGAAGUUUGAUCGUGUUUCUUCUUCAACUUGCGUUUCUAAUUGCAAUCAAUCUAGUUACGGUGUUGGCCACAGCAAUGAUUAUUUUAGGCAAAGAGGAAAACAGAAAAAGAUUGGGAGAAACCAUGAAACCUCAUUUACUCCGUCUUCAACUUCUUUUUCCUCCAACAGAGUGAGGAGUUGCGAUGUGUACAUAGGUUUUCAUGGUCACGAACCUUUAUUGCUAAGAUUUACUAAUUGGCUCCGAGCAGAGUUAGAAGUUCAAGGAUUGACCUGCUUUGUAACAGAUAGAACUCGAUGUCAGAAUUUUCGGAAGCAUGGCAUUGUUGAGAGGGCAAUGGAUGCUUGUACUUUUGGGGUUGUAGUCUUAACCAGGAAGUCCUUUCGGAAUCCAUAUACUAUUGAAGAGCUACGGUUCUUUUCAAGCAAGAAGAAUUUGGUUCCAGUAUACUUUGAUUUGGGACCAGAUGAUUGCCUUGUUAGGGACAUAGUUGAGAAAAGGGGGGAGCUAUGGGAAAAAUAUGGAGGAGAACUUUGGAUUCUUUAUGGAGGGUUGGAGAAGGAAUGGAGAGACGCUGUGAGUGCCCUAUCCCGUGCUGAUGAGUGGAAACUGGAGGCUCAUGAUGGUAAGUGGAGAGAAUGCAUACUGAGGACUGUUACCCUUUUGGCACUGAGGUUGGGAAGGAGAAGUGUAGUUGACAGAUUAACCAAAUGGAGGGAGAAGGUAGACAAAUCAGAGUUCCCUUUUCCUCAGAAUGAGAAUUUUGUUGGCAGGAAGAAAGAAAUGUCUGAGCUGGAGUUUAUGCUUUUUGGGGAUGUUAGUGGAGAUGCCGAAAGAGAUUAUUUUGAACUCAAGGCCAGACCUAGGAGAAAAAAUUUGACAAUUGGUUGGGGUAGAAGUAGUUCAAUAGAUGAAAAACGAAGGGAGCGACGCACUCAGAGUAGCAGGAUGAAGGGAAAAGAACCUGUUGUGUGGAAGGAGUCUGAAAAGGAGAUUGAGAUGCAAAGCACUGAACUUCCUCGGAUGCAUCACCGAGCACCAAAGUUAAAGAGUGGUGGAAAGCAUGGAACAAGGAAGAGAUCCAUGAAAAGUAUGUAUGGAAAGGGGAUUGCUUGCGUGUCAGGAGAUUCAGGAAUUGGCAAGACAGAGCUGCUUCUGGAAUUUGCAUACAGGUUCUAUCAGAGGUAUAAGAUGGUCUUAUGGAUAGGAGGCGAACAUAGAUACAUCCGCCAAAAUUAUUUGAACUUGUGGUCAUUCUUAGAAGUUGAUGUUGGUAUUGCGAGUUGCCAGGAGAAAAGCAGGAUAAAGAGCUUUGAAGAGCAGGAAGAGGCAGCCAUAGCUAGAGUCCGUAAGGAGCUUAUGCAGAACAUUCCUUUUUUGGUGGUGAUUGAUAAUUUAGAGAGCGAAAUGGACUGGUGGGAUCACAAGCUUGUAAUGGAUCUUCUUCCCCGUUUUGGGGGAGAAACCCAUGUUAUAAUAUCAACGCACCUCUCUCGUGUGAUGAAUUUGGAUCCUUUGAAGCUUUCUUACCUAUCAGGGGUCGAGGCAAUGUCUUUAAUGCAAGGAAGUGCCAAAGACUAUCCUAUUUCGGAAAUUGAUGCUCUCCAUGUUAUUGAGGACAAACUUGGAAGGCUAACUCUAGGCCUUGCCAUUGUAAGAGCAAUUCUAUCUGAGCUUCCCAUAAAUCCAAGUAGGCUAUUGGAUACCAUUAACCGAAUGCAAUUGAGGAACAUAACAUGGAGCGGUAGGGAAAGUCAUCCAUUGGGACAAAAUACCUUCCUUUUGCAACUCUUUGAGGUUUGUUUCUCAAUAUUUGAUCAUGCAGAUGGGCCAAGAAGUUUGGCGACUAGGAUGGUUCUGGCAAGUGGUUGGUUUGCACCAGCAGCCAUUCCGGUGUCUCUGUUAGCUCUGGCCGCUCAGAAGAUACCUGAAAAGCUCCAUCGUACUCGAUUAUGGAAAAGGAUUUGGUGUUCGUUGACUUGUGGCUUUACAUCGUCGUACACUAGGAAAUCAGAAGCAGAAGCAUCUUCGUUGUUGGUCAGAUUUAAUAUUGCUAGAAGUUGUACAAAAGAAGGUUAUCUUCACUUCAACCAGCUCAUUAGGCUUUAUGCCCAGAAGAGAAACGUGGCUGUGGUUGCACAAGCCAUGUUACAAGCUGUUAUUUGUCGCGGGUCUAUUUCAGAGCACUCUGAACAUAUUUGGGCAGCUUGUUUCUUGCUCUUCGGAUUUGGGAAUGACUCUAUAGUUUUUGAGCUGAAGGUUUCAGAUUUGCUAUUUCUUGUAAAAGAAGUAAUUUUACCCCUUGCUAUUCGAACAUUUAUUACAUUCUCACGUUGCAGUGUUGCUCUAGAACUGCUUCGCUUAUGCACGAAUGCGUUAGAAGCCGCAGAUCAGGCAUUUGUCACCCCUGUUGAAAAGUGGUUGAAUAAAUCACUUUGUUGGAAACCCAAACAGACAAAUGCCCAGUUGAAUCCUUGCCUUUGGCAGGAACUAGCCCUAUCGCGAGCCACUGUGCUAGAAAUCAGAGCUAAGCUAAUGCUAAGAGGGGGUCAGUUUGAUAUAGGGGAUGAUCUAAUUAGGAAGGCUGUUUUCAUUAGAACGUCGAUAUGUGGUGAGGAUCAUCCAGACACCAUAGCUGCUCGUGAAACUCUCAGCAGACUCACAAGGCUCCUUGCUAAUGUUCAAGUUCAUACAUCACCGUAG